UCAUUCUGCGCAGCAAACCCGGAAGCAAGAAAGUUUUCUCGUCCAAAAGACCGUCAGUUAUGUCCUCCAUUCACUCGGACAGCGUGAGCGAGGUCCACCAUGUGCCGCUGAACGUGAUCAUCAGGCCGUUUCCCCCGGAGCUGGACGAGCAGAAGGUCCAGAGUUUGAUGGAGACAAUCCAGAACACUCCGGACAUUGGUGUGGUUCCUCCCAUUGACAUUCUGUGGAUCAAAGGAAGAGAAGGAGGAAAUUACUACUACUCAUUCGGAGGCUGUCACAGGUUUGCUGCGUAUCAACGGUUACAAAUGCCUUCAAUCCCAGCCAAAAUCAUCAAAUCUAACAUAACAGAUCUUAGAACAUAUUUGGGAUCUGCAACGCCGGACCUAAAAUGAUAACAUAGUUUUUUUACUGGCUCUUCAUCUGACAACUAGGAUUUUCACUGUACUGACUGAGAUCCUGUAAUGAACAUCAUCGUCAUCAUCACAUCAAAAAAUGCUGCUUAUAUUCUACUUUUAAGUUAUUGACCUAUUUUAAAUGUUUUAUUAAAGCCAUUCUGUGAG